GCUAGUUGAUAAUGCGGUGUACUGGAUGCUUGUGCACGUCUUAGCUGUUAUCGUUUGUUAUCAUUGUUACACAAUGCCCAUAUCUGAUGCGAUUCUUCUCCAUUGAGGCAGGAGCAGGAUGAAAUCCUGAGCUUUUGAAUUGACGACCACCACCUGUACUUCCGCUCUCCUCACCACACGUCUGACGAUUCUGGUACAAUGGAGGAGAAGUUUGAGUUCAAGUCCAGGAGGUCUGCUGUGAUAUGUCAGAAUGGAUGUGCAGCAAGCAGCAACGCCCUAGCCUCUCAAAUUGGAUUAGACGUCUUGAAGGAAGGUGGCAACGCUGCUGACGCUGCUGUGGCUGUGGCUGCUGCCCUGGGUGUGCUGGAACCGUCCUCCACGGGGAUCGGUGGUGACGCAUUUUGCUUGUUCUACGAUGCAGCCAGCAAGACUCUGAAAGGAAUAAAUGGGAGUGGAAGAGCCUCCUCUCGAGCGACGCUGGCGGCCAUUCAAGCCGACGGGUUCACGGCAGGGAACAGAUUUUCUCCACAGCAUGGGCACUCGGUGACCGUACCGGGAGCGGCGUGUGCUUGGGUCGAUACCGUCGAGACUUUCGGCAACCACGAGCUGCCUCUCUCCCGAAUCCUCCAGCCUUCCAUAGACCUGGCCAGGAAAGGUUUUCCUGUCUAUGAAAUCUCAGCCCACGGCUGGGCAAAAGGAGCUGACGUUCUUCAGAGAGAGGAAAAUCUUCACGGGAAGUCUUUGUUACUGAGCGGGGAGCCACCAAAGGCUGGUCAGAUUAUGGUGAACCCCGACCUCGCUCGCACGUAUGAGGAGUUGGCCACUCACGGCAAGAAAGGAUUUUACGAGGGUCGGAUCGCCCAAGUGAUCUCGGCAGUGGUCCAACAACACGGCGGUUUGUUGACGGAGUCGGACUUGUCCUCCCACACAUCGACGCCGGCCGAGCCCAUUUGCGUGGACCACCGCGGGGUGCGGGUGUGGGAGCUGCCGCCCAACGGUCAAGGAAUCACGGCGCUCAUCGCUCUCAACAUUCUGGAAGGUUUUGACUUGAAAAGCAUGGGCCACAACUCUGGCCAGUACCUCCACCACGUGACGGAGAGCCUGCGACUGGCGUUUGCCGACACGCUGGUGUACUGCGCCGAUCCCGCACAUGCAGACAUCCCCAUAGAACAGCUGUUGUCCAAAGAGUACGCGGCGAAACGCCGGGCGCUGAUCAAACCUGACGCACGUAUUCCGUCGUCCUCGCUGAGCACCAGUGGCCUUGACCUCCCAUUGACCAGCGACACGGUCUACUUCACGACCUCGGACAGGUGGGGCAACGCCUGCUCCUUCAUCAACAGCGUCUUCUGGGGGUUCGGAUCCGGGCUUGUCCCGGAGGGAUGCGGCUUCAGUCUGCAGAAUCGGGGAUUUGGUUUUUCUUUGGACCCAAACAACAAGAAUGUGAUAGCCCCUGGAAAGCGGCCAUAUCACACGAUCAUCCCGGCCAUGGUCACUUCAGCCGACACAGGCGACCUGCUUAUGAGCUACGGUGUGAUGGGCGGCUACAUGCAGCCCCAAGGCCACGUGCAGGUGCUGUUGAACAUGCUGCUGUUUGGACGCAGCCCCCAGGGGGCGCUGGACGUGCCGCGGAUCUCACUGGGUGCUCCCAACGUACAUGUCUCCCACAACCCCCACUCUAUGCUCGACUCCCUCCAGCUGGAAGAGGGAAUCUCCCCUGAAGCUCUGGCCGAGCUGGCGUCACUAGGCCACGACCCACAUAUCGUCUCGGGUCACGGGCGGGCCGUGUUUGGCCGGGGUCAGGUCAUCUCCCAGGGGUCGUGGUGGAGGUCAGGACUGGAGGACAGAGACACGGAUGUCUACUGGGCGGGUUCGGAUCCUCGGGGGGACGGACUUGUGGCUGGUUAUUGAGUUACUCCUUUUUAGGAUGUGAUUUGUGGCUGGCUAUUGAGUUACUCCUUUUUAGGAUGUGACUUGUGGCUGGCUGUUGAGUUACUCCUUUUUAGGAUGUGACUUGUGGCUGGCUAUUGAGUUAAUUCCUUACAGGUGUAACUUGUAGCUGGCUAUUGAGUUAAUUCUUUACAGAUGUAACUUGUGGCUGGCUAUUGAGUUAACCCUUUUAGGAUGUGAUUUGUAGCUGGCUGUUGAGUUGAUUCUGUAAGGAUGUAAAUUGUGGCUAGCUAAUGAGUUAUUUUAUUAAAGAUGUAAUUUGUGGCUGGCUAUUGAGUUAACCCUUUUUAAGAUUUAUUUGUGGCUAUCUAUUGAGUUAAUUCUUUAAAGAUGUAACUUGUAGCUGGCUGUUGAGUUAAACCUUUAAUUGGCUGGCUAUUGAGUUGAAUCUUUAAGGACAGACUUGUGGAUGGCUAUUGAAUUAACCCUUUAAAAAUGUAAUGGACACAUGUGUUUAACAGCAUACCAAAGGCCAUGUUAUGACAUUUGAAUGAUCAUACAUAAAUGAGAAUAAGAUACACAAAUUUUGUUUAUGUCCAUAAUACGAUAUGCAUGCUGUUGUCUGUUUUUCUUAGGUUUCAGAUGAAGAAAACAUGAAAUGAAAAAUUUGUGUGAUUAACAAAGUGUUAUUGAAGUGCCCCAAAAUGGUGCAUCUUCAAGCAGUGUGGAAUGAACAGAAUGUGUGUCCUAAAUACUUAACCCUUUCCCUACCAGAUGAUUGUUCCUCUCUGUGACUGUUGAUUUAACCCUUUCCCUACCAGUGCAAGACAAUUUUUACUCUCUGUGACUGUUGAUCUAUCAAACAUCUAUCGUCCUUACCUCUCAGAUACUGACAGACGUACACCACACCUUUAUUGAACACUUUUCUUCUCUGUGAGUUUUCUCCUUGCUAGUCUUGAAGGGGGCACCACUGAGAGAUAAGUACUUUGUAGACUCCUGUGGUGCCCAUUUCUGACAAUAUUCAAAUUUUGCCUGAUUUCCGCGACUUAAUAAAGAGAUAAACUCUUGAUGCAAGGUGUAGUAGACAAUGUGAUAUGUGAAUUUUGAGUUCCUGCGUGCACGUUUCCAUGAGGUCAGAAAAGUUCAGGGUUUGGGGGGGGGGGUUUCCUAGUCUUGUGACGGCUCUGAUGUUCAUUACCAAGGUGUUAAGCUUAAAAGUGUUUUAAAAACAUUUUGCAGGUUAUACUGUAGUGAAUGGGAGUCCAGCGAUGUCACUGGGUCCAACAUUUAGCUUUUUCCAAGUCUCUAAUUUUGGUCAGAGAAAUCCACAAAUAACAAAAGUGAGCAAUUUAGACAGAUGAUUGUAUGGGGUAUAUAUGGGUUUCUACCUUAAAUGCGUUGUAUUACAAUGCCAUGUUCCAGGUGUACAUCAGCUUUAUUUGCUAUAAAUUUUGUGUGCCCCCUUUUUUAUUCAUUCUCUGUGUUCAACUUUUAUAUACAUUUAGGCUUACAUGCAUUUCAGUCUCCAAAUGUGUUACACCAAAUCCAAAGUAAUGGAGAAAAAUAGAAUACAGUGCAGCCUCUCUAUAACGACUUUUGAUAUAACAACGUCCUCUGUAUAACGACAUGAUGCCCAGGUCCCAAUUUUUUCUCUAUAUAUUAAUCAUUAGUCAUUUUUGGUUGCUUCUCUAUAACGACAGUUUUUCCUGGCCCCAGCGAUUCCAUUAUAGAGAGGCUGCACUGUACAGAUAUUACCUCAUUUGUUAUAUUAUGGUGAUGUAGAAAAAUGCUCAAAGUGGCCAGUGCUAUUUAUUAUUAUCAUUAUCAUCAUCAUUUUUAUUAUUA